AUGGGAACUUGCACAUCAACAGCAAGACAUCGACAGAAGCAACGACCGCAAGAAUAUAAUCGAGCAGCAUCAAAGAACUCAAUCGUCCUUGAUCUUAAAUCACCUCCACCUUUGUCAUCAUUACCAUUAAAUAUAGUUCCAAAUCAUCAAUAUCAACAUUCUUAUUGUUUGUCUACAGAUUUUGACCUAUUGUCAUCAACAAAACCUUUCUUUCAUCAAACAGAUACAAAUAGUUUAAUACAAUUAUAUUCUUCUAAUACAAAUAGUAAUAAUAAUAAUAAUAAUAAUAACAAUAAUUCGAAUAUUAUCAGUCGGAUGUCGUCAGCAUCAUCUGUACCACAGGUUCCACCUCGAAUCCCGGUGCCAAAAACUCGAUUACCUGCCUAUCAUCCACCACAAUCACAGCAAACAACUAUAACUAUAAGACCUAAAAAUGUAACAUCAACUGCUAUUUCAACUAAUCAAACAGGUUCUAUAACACCAAUGUCAAUAACAAAUCGUCCACCACCACCAACAACAAUGCAAACACGGUUUGGUUUUAUACCACGACCAACUGCACCCGGAUUACCUCAAUCACGAGCAUCAACAUAUGCAUCACGUAGUCGUUCGAUUAGUCCAACAUCGAAUGUCAGCGCUAAUUCAUCAUCAUCAUCAUCAAUUUCUUCUCAACGUUUAGCAAAAGCUCCAACAAUAUCAAAACCGACACCAAAUCGAUCUAUUCCAUCUUCAACAACAACAACAACAACAACAAAUAAUAACACUUCUAAAGCUAAAAUAUUGACGUCUCCUCGUCAUGGAGAUUCAUCAAUAACAAAACCAAAUGUUAAAUCAAAUAUUCAAGCACCAACAGCAGCUAGUCGUAUGCGUUCAAGAACACCAUCACGAACUUCUGCGACAUCUUCAUCAUCAUCUAUUGCUUCUCCUCCACCCCCUCCUUCUUCUGCUCCAUCAUCAUCACAGUCUGCGACGACAACAACAACAACGACAAUUAUAAAAACUGAUGUCAAUACUAUACGUGAUCGUUAUAAAACACAAAAACGUAUGAAUUUCUUUACACGUCGUACGCCAUUAUCAACAGCUAAUGGUUCACCCGUAGCUAGUUCAAUUUCAUCACCUGAAACAUUAGUUAUUAAUCAAGAAAAUAAACAAUCAUCAUCAAUAUCUAAAACAACGAAUAAUCGAAAAAAUGAUUCAAAAGCAAUAAUACCUCCAGAAAUACCUUUAUCUCAUCAAAAUGAUUCAACCUAUGGAAAUGUAAAGUCUACUUCCAAUCAACCUCCAUCUGCACAUCUUUCUCAGGGGAAUAAACAUCGACAACGGGCUAUUAGUAUGUUGUCUGGAUCAUCAGCUAUUUCAGAUGUACUGAAUCAAGAUACAUUACUUGAAGAUGAUAAUUGUAGUCUGAAAUCAGAUGAUUUAAUAUGUGAUUAUGAUGAUACAGUUACCAUCAAAUCUACUUGUAAAAAUGAUCGAAUAGAUUCAUUACCUUCAUCUUCAAUUGAACCAAAUAAACAACAUACUAAAAUAAUGUCUGUUACACCAACGAAACCAAAUAUUCCUCAUUAUCAACCAACAUCGAAAGAACAUCGUUCAACUACUACAACUAAAUAUUCAACAACUCUAAGUGAUACAAUAAAUGCUAGUUUACGUGAAUCACUUGAUGAAUUAAAUCGAUUAAGUAAUCAAAUGGAUCAUAAUAUUGAUAAUGAACAAAAUCGAAGAUUAAUGACACGUUCAGUUUCAUUAAAACCACCAUCAAGUUAUUUACCACGCCUUGAAGAUGCUGAACAAAUAACAAUGGAUAUUGAAUCUUAUCGACAAGUUAUGAAAGAUGUUAUGGUUGUUAAAACAAUUCUUCAUCAACUUGAUCGAUUACUUAAACAUUCUGAUGGUGCUAAUAUGACGGAUUCAAUGGUUGGUUCAUUUCAUGAAUAUCAUGAUCCUAUGUUUAGUUCAAGACGUUAUUCAACAAGUCUUGCCGAUGGAAAUGUUCGUAAUUUAAUCGAUGAAAAUUCAUCUUAUGAUGAUUUACUUAAAGAAAUAACAACAUUACGUAAAGAAAAAGAACAAGAUAAACAAACAAUCAAAUUAUUGCAAGAACAGAUGUAUAAAUAUUCAAGUCAAACCAAUGGAUGA